AUUCUAAGCACUUCAACCUCUAUCGAUCGGAAAAUGUCGUGACAGAUAUCUCUCUAAUUAAAAGGUCGUCAUCAAGACGUGACAACCAUCGGACCAAGAUUUUGCAUAACCACACAUUCAAAGGCGAAAAAGCAUCACAGACAUCAAAUUUCAGGAAACCAAGAACAAACUCCAACCACCGGAUUGGACUACAAGAAAAGAUUCAAAGCCAAACGGCACUUGGGACUCUCACCUGUCAACUAUGCCGCCUCGCCCCUUCCCUCUGGCGUUGAAUAUAGGAACGGACGUCUGCCACACCGCCCGCUUCAAAAAAUAUUUCAUCCAACACCCUACGUAUAGACACUCUGGUCUUUUCAGAUUGUUUGAUAAAUUCUUGUUACCGUCUGAGCAAAAGGCAUUUUGGAAGAGAUUUCCUUUGGGAAAGGAAGUGGAAGGAAGUGAUGGUGAGGUGUAUGCAGGGGAGGUAGAGGGAAAGGAAGAGGUCGGAGAGAGGCAGAUGGAAGGGCUAGUGAGGAAAGUGGCACAGAGAGAAGAGCAGAAGGCAACAACCAAGGAACCUGCAAUAUGGGACACAGAGAGCAGAAAAGCAUGUGUGGAUUACAUUGGUGGUCGAUGGGCAGCCAAAGAAGCAAUCAUAAAAGCCUACGCUCCCAAACGCAGACUUUUGCUCAGAGAUAUCGAAAUCAGACGGAACAGCACAACACGCGAACCCUACGGUAUCGUUCUGGACACACCGCCUCCUUCUCGAAAAGGUCUCUCUUCUGCAAAAUUCAUCUACAAAGCGAUACUCGAGAAAGAAGCAUUGACUCGACCGUCCACUCUACCUAUUGAACACCAACAACGAUCAUCCGGCCAAAUGAUCGAACAACAACAGCAACAAGCUUCCAGAAUUCUCUCGGAUGAAGGCAUCUUAGAUCUCAACGCUGUGACUGCAGCCCUAAACCAUCCCAGCACUUCCACAUCUCCAUCCCCUACUCCCAACCUCAUCAAAAAACACCCCGCCCGCGAAACAGAAACCUCAACAGCCACCGACAAAGCAAUGAAAUUGCAAAUGGAAAAUGCAAAAGAAGCCCUGGAAUUGGUCGACGUGCAAGGGGAAAUCGUAAAGGUGUCGAUUUCACAUGAUGGCGAGUAUUGUGUCGCUACCGCUCUGGCCGCUUUAUGAGUGAAAAGAACGCGGAGGGGAGAGAGUUUGAGAAAGAUUUGUAAAUAUAAGCAUGGAAGACGGACGCACGCAUAUAAAACUCUACGCAUUCGAAAAAUCACAAUUAAAAGAACAAAAAAGACACAUUUCAGUGAAAAUGAGUUGACAAGAUUGGAUUUGGUAUAACACUAUAGAU